UGCCAAAGAAGGGCUGUAACUCGCAGCAUUGACCGCUAGCUAAGCCGCAGCUCAAACUAGUAAAAACAUGCAGCAAUCUAUCGAUGUAUGCGACGGCAAUUGGCUAUGGAAGUGACCUCAGCUUGCAACAUGCCUCGAUUAUGCAUUCCAGUAGAGAAUAUGUGAUCAAAAUCAACAUUACGGUGUCUUGGGGAUAGUACGAUCGGUCGAAGAGAAGCUUGUGGUAUGGAAUAGAAAGCAAUAGGCCUAGGUAUAAAGACGGAGUCGCCCAUCGUCGAGUGUUGGUUCUCUUCCAGUAUCAUCAUCACUCACUCAUCUCAUACAUAUUCUCGUCUAGAGCCAGAUCUUCUACUUCAUCAUGUUCGUCUACCAAGGAAAGCUCAACUGGUACCACUACGCCCAGGAUGAGACCUUUGUCAUCGUCCUCCCAUCCGGCCCAGUCCGCGUUGGAGACAGCGUUUACCUCUUCUCCCAAUGGACAGUCGAUGCACAAGGCAACAAGAAGAAGAACUGGUUCAUGACUCUCACCGUUGACUCCGUCACUCAGACCGAGGCUUCUGACGUCACGUUCUUCCUCAAGGGUUCUUGGUACAACUUCACCAUCACUACCAAGCGCGGCUAUGAGGAGCUCAGCGUUGUUAUGAGAAACCCCCAGAACGGUGUUAGCUCUCCCCUCUCCCUGAAGCGCGAGUGGAAGUCUGACCAGGAGCUUACUGGCACUACUCGUAUCUGGACUGGCAAGUUCAAGUGGCUCAACUUUGCCAGUGACGAGCCUGCUAUCUUUAUCGUGCCUGAUGGGUUUGGAGAGGGCAAGCCUAUCUUGUCUACGUGGCAGUGGACUAAGGCUUCCAAUGGGAAGACAAAGGACCCUUCGUUCCGUAGUGCGACGCAGACAUCUGUGUCAGGUGACGGAAAAACCUCGUUCAAGUUCACCUACCGUUCAUACUAUGACAUCAGCUGUACCUGGGAUGGUAACAAAGACCAACUUGAUGUUUGGGUCAAGGAGGGAGGUCACAGUGAGGAUGUUGGUGACAUGGUUCGCUCUGCUAUCAUCGAGCGUCAAAUCCAUUCUCAUGAUCUCAACCCUCCUGAUACCACCGUGACCAAGGGCCAGUGUGAGCUUCGUCUGCCUCAGGCCCAGGCUUCCCUCCCCCGUCUUCUUUGCCCUCUGUCAUUCCCUAAGGGUCUUCUUGAGACUCUCGCUCAUACCGCUGCUUUCGUUGACCAAUGCGGCUACUUGGCAAAGUAUGCUCAGGAUCACUUCACUGCCCUUGAUGCGGAUUACCACAAGGCGCUUGAGUUGAUCAACGGCUUGAAGGCCGAAAUCGUGAACCUGACCAAGACGAGGGAUGACCUUAUCCUUGACCGCGACGGCGCUAGAUCCAAGGUCAAGAACUUGCAGGAUGCUCUCGACAAAGCCAUGAAGGACAUUGAAGAGCUGCAAAAGGAGGUCGCCAGACUCAAAGAGUGCAUCGCUAACGAUGCGCUCAAGGAUGCCGAGGCCGCCAAGCUCCUGCAGAAGACCCAACAAGAGCUAACGACUGAGCAAGGCAAGGUCGCUGAUCUCACCAAGGAGAAGACUGCACUCAAGGCCGAGAAUGAUAAGCUCCAGGCAACUAUUCUCAGCCUCCAAGCUCAGAUCAUCACCCUCGAGACUACCAUCGCCAACCUCAAGGCCGAGCUUACCGUCAAGAUUACCGAGAACAAGACCCUCACGGAUAAGAACAUCCAACUCGAGUCUGACAAGAAGAACCUCGAGGGAACCGUCAAGGAUCUCCGAAGGGAGCUUGAGGCAGCGCUCGCGAGAAUUGCUGAUCUUGAAGAGGAUGCUACCAAGCAGGAGAAGAGGAUCAACGAGCUCAUCGGCGAGAAGAGCAAGGCGCUCUCAGAUGCUUCCGUGGCUGACCAGCGUGCUGCCACGGCUGAGUCUACCGUUGCCAAGUACAAGAAGUGGGCUUUCAAGAACAAGGUUAACAUUGAUCUCUCGACCGUUUGAAGCCAGGAAUCCUUACCGGCAUCGUCUACUACUGGUCCCGUGAGCUUGGUGCCGGUAGGGAGUUGGUCGUGUCAUAGGGUUUUGAGAUAUUUCUGGGUGAUGGGAGCCCUGUGCCUGGCAGCUUGGGAGCUGAAAAGGAGAUGGGGUACGGAGAGGACUGUUUAGCUUGGAGGGAAUAGUCCUGAUGCUAAGUUAACUUAAUACAUUCCCUUUGUCACUUGCGUUCAGCGCACCGAGUGGUCUAAAACAUGAAUGAGGCGAUGUUCGUAAAGCUUAUCGUACGUCGACUCGAACUAGGAAGAACUAGGAGAAAAUGGCAAAGGACAAAUAAGGGAUGCCAAAUGAAGUUGCUAUAACCGUCAAAUUAUAUAUGUCCCCCCCCCCCUCCCC